CACAGACCGUGGAUCAGUCAGUAUCUCAGCACAUCUUUAGCCUCAACUAAUAUGCUGUAAAACAUGAAAGCACUUUUUGCAGUUUAUCUUCUUGGAUUACUACUUAUCAGUCCAGUAAAUUCAGUUACUGACGAGACUCCAAUGUCUGGAGAUGUCACAGCAGACAUGUCAUCUCUUGCGCCUGAAGACACUUCGUUUCCAGUAACUGAAGACACGUCGCCCAUAACAACCACACGGUCACCUACGACACGGGUAGUCACAUCGCUUUCCACAUCCACCAAACCACGUGAUAAUACAACAGGAAUAAUAAGAAUAUGGAUUACUAAGACACAAGCAAAUACCACACAAACUAAUGUAUCAAACACCACGAUAUCUGUAGAUACGAGAUCAACAACAGCAAAAACAAGCACCAUAGCUUAUGUAUCUACCAAUAUCAGCACCAGCACCAGAACCAGCACAACCCUAGCGAGCACCACCGUAGCACUACAAACGAACAUCACAGGAACUACAAUAAAUACCACAAUACCAUCCAUAAUAACCAAGAACACCACAGCCCAGGGUGAGAUCAUCACCAAAACUACAGCAAACACCACAAUACCCUCCGUAAUAACCAGCAAUACAACAGCCCAGGGUGAGAUCAUCACCAAAACUACAGCAAACAGCACGAUAACCGCUCUGGUUACUAAAGACGCCACAACAGCUCCAGGAAUCACCACAGUAUCUACACCAUCCAACACCACAACACUUCUAGAGGUCAGGAACACAACAAGUGCCAUAACUUACACAAUAAAAUCUGACGUAGACAGAACCACACAAGUUCUAGUUGGCAGCCCUACAUCACCUCCCAUCAUGCCUUCCACGUCCUCCAUCACAGCCAACACCUCGGCCUCUCUAGCGACCAACGGUUCAAACAAAGGAGUGACACGAAUAACCAAGGAAUCAGUAGCCAUCACCACAUCGCCCCUUGUGACAGAUACAGAGAGACACAGCACACUGACUGCCUUGUCCUUAUUCAGCAACAGUACAACAACAGCAACAACACAGCAAGUAAUGGACACUGAAACUGUCCUCAACAACAGUGCAACAACAACAACGGAACAGUCGGUAACGGACAGCACAACUUCAGUCAGCAGCAGUACAACGAUGACGACAUUAAGCAGAACUUCGACUCAGCAAGACCAAGUCAAGCCGGUGGUCGUUCCACGCUAUUUCCCCAGUUACAACACCGCAGCAAUGCAUUCAGGAUGGUCACGUGUCACCGUUGCCAUGUUGAUGAUCUUCAAGGCUGUCAUAUAGGACGUAGAGAAGGUCGCACACGACAACCGCCGAUGGCAACCACAUACCCGAUGCUGUUCCUCCAGACAGGAAAAAAAGUUUUGUAAUUGAAAACACGUCACCUCGUGUGUCGGCUGUGAUCGGUUUCUUCAGAUACAUUUGAUGUUUAUAAAGACCGAAUGACCUUCCAAAAUUAAAUUUUAAAAAUAAUAAAUUAUUAUCAUUAUUAUCAUACACAUAUGCACACACAAUUCAGCUAUAUGUAAUGAUUCUUCUAUUCUAUGUAUACAGAAAUUCGCACUAAUACACAUUUGCAUUGACGAAAUUUAGUCCUACCUGCGUGUUACAAAUUUUAUUUUCAUCAAAUUACAAUCUGUUCAUCUCGGUUGUUUCCUCUUUUCUAUGGCAAUUGACUGAUUUGAACACAAUAUGAAUCAGGAUACAAUUUUCAGAUUUGCGAUAUUCGAGGCUUUCCACUUUUAAAUGUUUCGAUGUGUAUACGUACCUACUAUGUCUAAUACUUUAUCGACGAGUUACUUGACAGUAACGAAAAUAAAAGUUAAAUAUGUUUGUGUCUUUUGCUUUGUUAUUUAGGUUUUGGUUGCAAUAUCCUUCUUGAAACCUUACUUGUUGUUUACUCAAAUGAAGAACGUUCUGAACUACUUUCAGAGAUAAUAUAUAAUGUCUUUUCUCAAAUAAAUGAUUGCCCUCAGAUUCAAAUGACAAAUUAUAUUUACAACAAUGUACUGUAUUGACAAGUACAGAUUUGACUGGUUUUUUUUUUCGCUUAUUCAAAACAUUUUAUUUAUUUAUUUUGUUGUUUAUUUAUUUAAUGCGAUUUUGAAACUAGCUCGCAUCGACUUCAAGAUUGCCAUGUUUUGUUAUCGUGUUGUUAUGACCCUCCCCCAAUCUGUCUGUCUGACCAGCCCCGGGGGUCAGUUAGCUAACCCCACGCCGGACUUUCUUUAUUCAUAAACAUUCGGAAUUCACUCUUUCUCCUUGUCCAUCCUCAUUAUAUGGAAUGACCUGCCUCCGUCUCUCCACAUACAUGAGUCAGUACAUGGCCUCCGAUCUGGACUUAAAACAUUUGUCUUUCGGAAAUACGGACUAUAACUUGUCCACCAAGUGUUCUUGCAUUGCUAACCGGUGCACAUUCGUUUAUGUCAGUUGUGCUUUCUUCUACUCCAUUGCGAAGUCUGCAUCAUCUUGUGAAGCGCAUCCGAAAAUGUGCUAUACAAAUCCUGUUGUAGUAGUAGUAGUAGUUGUUGUUGUUGUUGUUGCUGUUGUUGUUGUUGCUGUUGUUGUUGUUACUACUACUACUACUUUUAUUAAGCAUUCCUGUGAUAGGCAUUUCUGAAAAUGCUUUGUACCACGAUUUUUUAUAUUUUUGAAAUGUCCACCAUUUGAUAAUAAGUUGACAGUAAAGUUGCACUCCUCUUGGUUCACCAUGUUACUGGCUCCUUGUUCUCUAUGUAUUUGCAUUAAGCAUGUGUUUCAUAUGUUAAGUCGUUUGUGUUGAUAAUAAUUGUAAAACUAGUAUCAGGUUUAAAAGAGGAUAUCUGUUAUUUUGUGUCUACGUUUUCUGUACAGUCUUACGUGGUACGUCUUACGUACAUUACCUGAAUCCGAACAAUGUGGUUAGUGCACAACUCUCUGAGGAAAGAUGCUAUCCUUCUGAUAUAUAUAUAAGUUAGUUUUUACUGUACAGCACAAUGUGAAAACGCGCUUCAAAAAUCGUUUAUUACUGUUUUGAGGACGACGACGACAAUGAUGAUGAUGACCACGACGAUGAUCAUAGCGACAAAUGAAAAGCAAAAACUUUAUAAUGAUAAAACAACAACUUCUUGUCAUUGUAAGACACUAAGUUUUUAAUUAUAAUUAUUAGCAUUAACAGAAACAGCAAAUUGUUUUAGUGUAUAAACGUGUUAAUUAAAUCAUCAAGCGUAUAACUUGGCCACAGAGGGACUGAUGGUGUAUAUCAGUCUAUAAAUUAUUUCUGGAUGCACAGUAGACUGAUAAACAUCUUUGUAAGAAUCAUCCAAAAGGCGGUGGGUUUUUUCCAAUAGCCCAAGACGCCUUGCGACAAAGGAAGAAGGAGUGUAUUGGUAUUCCGUGCUCGAACCUUCCUGGUUCCAGAAAAUUUAGGAAACUCCUUAGAAAUUUAUUUAAGUCAAAACUUGUAUACGUUGUAAUAGUAUGUAGUGGUGUACCUAUCGUGUCUAAAACAACUAAAAUAGUUCCGUGGUGGAACUCAAACAUUUGUAUUGAUGCAGCAAUGUCUCGAACAUGAUUCACAUUAGCAGUUGCCGAGAAGUUGUGAAGCAGUUACCACAGUUAAAUAAAGCAGCAGAGAGGUUCCUGCACAUGACCAUGUUUGUGAGUAAUUAUGUAUUUAAAUGUGUGUGGUUGUUUAUGACAAUAUAUGUGCCUCUCGU